AUGGGAACUUGGUUUUGGAUUCUUGGCUGGAUUCUGUCCAUUCUGACGAUGGCUGGAAAUGGUUUCACCGUGCUUCUUGUAAGCAGUCGGCGUCGGCUUCGCACCAAAACCAACGCGUUCAUCGUUUCACUUGCGGUGGCGGAUUUCUGUGUUGGGGCGUUCGUUGUUCCUUCACUGUUCGUCUGUCACAUCAGAGGUGGCUGCGAUUGGCCUCAAACCUAUGCGUCCUGGGUGGAAUUUAUAAGGUGGCUCUUUCAGUACGCCUCUAUAAUGAACCUGUGCAGCCUGGUACUAGAUCGGUAUAUGGCUAUUGUAAAGCCACUGAAAUACGUCACCUUCAUGACUGCGCGACGAGUAACCCAACUAACAUUUAUUUCUUGGGUGAUUCCUCUUGGUCUUGAAAUUUGGUCUCUUUUCAUGACUUUAUAUUUAACAUUUUCGAUAUGUUCGAUGCUCUUAGCCGUACAGUUUGCGAUCCUCGAGAUUUUCUUCAUCUGCAUGUUAAGCUUCUGUUUUAUUUCCAUAUUAACAGCUGUAUACAAGCAAACUCGAUCAUCAGCCAUCUUA